GAAGCCAGAGGAGAGGCCUGUAACUCGCACCGCCCAGAGAGGACAGCUCCCUGCAGAAACAUAGCCAAGAAUCUUCAAUCAUGGAAUACAUAUCUGGAUCUAAGUACCUGAGAGGAAAAAAAGUCAUCAUUAACAUCAAAAGAAUCCUUUGCUGAAGGACAUGUAUCGGAAAGCAGCAGGAAGACCCAACAGGCAGCUCAGAUACUGUUUGCGCUCCAGAAACCUCACUCUGCUUUCCUGUGCUGAAUGUCUUUGUGCUGUACCAAGGCUUGUGAGAUGGCUACAGAUGUAGCUGAGCCUGUGGUUCCUGACUGCAAAGGAGAUGUGAGGAGCGGUGCCAAGUCGGACGCUGACUAUCCUCUUCGAGUUCUCUACUGUGGAGUCUGUUCAUUGCCAACAGAGUACUGCGAAUACAUGCCUGAUGUGACAAAAUGUAGACAAUGGCUAGAAAAGAAUUUUCCAGAUGAGUUUGCAAAACUUACAGUAGAAAACUCACCUAAACAGGAAGCUGGAGUUGGAGAAGGCCAAGGAACUGCAGGAGAAGAAGAAGAGAAGAAGAAGCAAAAGAGAGGUGGAAGAGGUCAGAUAAAGCAGAAAAAGAAGACUGUACCACAGAAAGUUACGAUAGCUAAAAUUCCUAGAGCAAAGAAAAAAUACGUCACAAGAGUAUGUGGCCUGGCAACAUUUGAAAUUGAUCUUAAGGAAGCACAACGGUUUUUUGCUCAGAAAUUUUCUUGUGGUGCCUCAGUAACAGGAGAAGAUGAAAUCAUCAUUCAGGGGGAUUUUACAGAUGAUAUUAUUGAUGUAAUCCAGGAGAAGUGGCCUGAGGUGGAUGACGAUAGCAUUGAAGAUCUUGGAGAAGUCAAGAAGUAAUAGUGAAAGACUACCUUUAUUUAAUUAUAUGGUUAUAAAUGAUGUAGCCAAAGCAAGGUUUCUAAAUUCAUUUACUCGGCAGUGAAACUGUGGAGAACCGUAUCCUUGGCAUUUUCACCAUUCUGUAUAGGCUGCUUGUUUUUUUUUUGUUUUUUUUUUUGUGAUAUUUGCCAAAGUUAAAUUGGUUUUUUUUAAUCAUGCUUAUGCAUGAAGUAGGUUUAAAUAAAAUGACUGUUCCUCACUGAAUACAGUUUCUAUUUUCUCUAGAGAAACUUUCCUGUAACCAUCUUAAAGGAAAAUAAUAAGUAAUUACAAGCUUGUUUAUCAUCUACUAUCUCUUCUGCUGAACUAAGUGACUAUUUAAAGCAGGUGUCUCAUGUACAGAAAUUAGUACUUCUGACUUACCUGCAUAGAUGAGAAAUCAGAAUGGGACGCACAUGCUGAAAAUUUGCUGAUAUUAAAGGAGUAUGACACAACA